AUGGCACCAAUAAUCGUGCUUAUCACUGGUGCCAAUCGCGGCAUCGGCAAAGGCCUCCUCGAGAAAUAUCUGGCUAGGCCUAAUCACACCGUCAUCGGCACGGCCGUGAAACAACUGGAAGCGCAGGGCAUUGAUCACCUUGACGUUGUCAUUGCCAAUGCCGGUGUCUGUUUUGCAUGGCCCAAGGUGUCCGAGAUCAAAGUCGAAGAUAUCGAAGGCCACUACGUGCCAAACGUCCACGGUCUUAUCUUUACGUACCAAGCUACGCUGCCUCUGCUGAAGAAAUCCAAGAGCGGCAAGUGGAUUACAAUUGGCUCGUGUUCGGCCUGGUUGACAAACCAACUUGACAUGCCAAAUGCGGCUUAUGGCACAUCCAAAGUCGUUGCACAUUGGUUGACCAAGGCUAUCCACCGAGAAGAGCCGGAGCUAUUUGCGUUUCCCAUCGACCCGGGCUGGGUCCAAACGGACCUUGGAAACAACGGUGCACAUUACUUUGGCCAUGAGCAAGCGCCAUUGAAGGUUGGAGAUGUGACUGAGGGAAUCGUGAAGGAGGUUGACUCAGCUACAAGGGACAGCCACGGCGGGAAGUUGAUCCAGUGGGAUGGUGUUGUGCUGCCAUGGUAA